AUGGAUCUCUUCCUACCUAUGCUCUUCGACGACGACCUUCUUAUGCCCAAUAAUCCUUGGGGCCAUCAAACUCAAUCUCGAGGGGCUUAUCCAUCCCUGAGAUACUUCUACCAUCCCCAAACUCAUGCAGGCCAUCAACUCCAGAAGCGAGAGCCUUUGGAGUGGAAAGAGGAAGGCGACCAAUAUGUCCUGGAAAUCAAGGCCAGUGGAUUCCAGAAAGACCACUUCAAGUUAGGCUUGGACUCUGAGCAGGGUUACCUCCGAGUCAUGGCCAACACGCACGAUAAAUCCGAAGAGGGCGUGGUCACAUCCAAGCAAUUCACCAAAGCCUUUGCUCUGCCCGAUCGUUGUAAACUGGCCGAGUUGAAGUCCGAGUACAAGGACGGCGUGUUGAAGGUCAUGGUACCCAAGGCCGAGCCGCCCAAGCGCGAGGCCCACCCUCUGGAAACGACCUUCGAAAUCAUUCCCAAGCUGUUGGGUGGUGAUCUCUUCAAAGGGCAAGAGAUCCACGACACCGAGGACAGUUUCGAGGUCAAGAUGUCAAACUGCAAGGUGGAUGAGGUGGGAUCCAAAUUUACCAAGGAUGGACAGCUCAUUGUGACUNCUACUCGCAAUCGGGAGAUUUGCAAGUCGUUUGCCUUGCCGAAGAACUGCAAGGUGGAUGAGGUGGGAUCCAAAUUUACCAAGGAUGGACAGCUCAUUGUGACUGCUCCCAAAGAUUCGGCCAAGACUGUUAUGGGACACCGAAAACUCCAAAUCCAAAUUGUGGAUUGCAAGAAACAGGACUGUACCUCUUUGGCCGUGGGCACUUCCCGUGGUUAUAAUUUGUAUCCCUUGUCCUCGGCUUUGGAGAGGCUUGAUCCCAUUCACGCGAAUUCCGCGGCCGAGGUGAAAUCCAAGGUCCGAGUGGUGGAACGUCUGUUCUCCUCCUCAUUGGUGGCCUUGGUCACUCAAGAUGAGCCCCGCAAGCUUAAGGUGUGCCACUUCAAAAAGUGAACAUACAUCUGCGGCUGCGUCUACAACAACAACACCAUCUUGGCUGUAAAGCUGAAUCGAGCCCUAGUGGUGGUGUGUGUGGAUAACGAGCUUUUCAUUCACAAUAUUCGAGACAUGCAUAUUCUCCACACAAUCAAAGACACGCCUCCUAAUCCCAAAGGCUUUGCUCUCUCGUUCAAUUUUGACAACUGCUUUCUAGCCUACCCUGGUUCAAACACGACGGGUGAGGUGCAAGUAUUUGAGGCCUUCAACCUCCAGGCCAAGAUCAUGAUUGCCGCCCAUGGUUCGCCCCUCGCUGCCCUGGCUUUUAACCCAUCUGGAGAGAGAUUGGCCACCGCCUCUGAAAAAGGCACGCUUUGUUCCAUUUGGUGCUUCUCGUUUUUUUUCUUAGGAGUGUCGGUGAUAAGUCUGGGAUGGGUUACUGUUUGUAGCAAUGCCGUCAGCCUUGGCGUCUCAUAUUUGCCAGCACAGGUCACCGACACCUUAAAUCAGACCAGGUACUUCGCCACGGUGACGGUGCCCAAUGCUACCUGUUGCGGCCACCCUGGGCGUGAACAGGGAAUGGGUAGUCGAGCCAACACUACCUUUAAUUUAGGGACUGCUCCAGGUUCUAUGGCCAUUGCCACUAUUGCCAGGGAACUUCGUCUUCUGUUGGCGUCCUCAGAUGGGUAUCUCUACAUAUACAAUCUUCCAGGUAAGACAACUUGUAACAACACUACUGAUACUCUCUCUUCGAAUAUGGUAGUUCAUUACAUUUCAUUUAUGCGUUUAGUUGACGAAGGUGGGGAAUGUAUCCUGAUUAAGCAACAUUGCAUAGAUUUGAGCCUUGUGCAUUCAACUUCGACUGAAAACCUCAGUGGAGACGUAGGUUUGGGUGUCGAGCGGUCGGAGCCCGAGCCCAUUCGUGACGGCGGACACGCCCUGGUUCACGAGGGCGGCUCUUGCUCACUAGCCUCAUUACUCGCCGUACUCAAGGUGAACCGACCAUCUUCCCAUAGUCCGCCCUCAUUAGAUGAUUCGCCAACUCCCACGAUGCAACGGCCAGAGAUUUAGAACAAAGCAAUUUUUCCUCGCACGGCAUGAUAAAGAGAAGAUAAGCCUUUUAUUUUAUAUCCGAGCAUUGGCAAUUAUGUGUUUGUUUGAUGAAAUAAAGUUUUGUUAUUCUU